GACCGUUCAACAGCGAUCCGUGCUACAGCUUUGUACUUGUUCUAUAAUCUGGAAAAAGGCAAAGGAGGCUUGUAAGCGGCAUCUCGUUGUUUUAAUUUCCACAAUGGCAGAAGGAGGAGAUGUGGAAUGGGAGCUGAGCAAAGAAAACAUCCAGCCACUGCGGCGGGGCAGAGACAUAUCAGCCUUACAUCAAGCACUUAGUCAACAACAGGAUGGGCUCAGCUCUGCCAUCAACCAACAGAGACAGGCCUUUGAGUCUGAACUGCGAAUGUACGAGGGAGAUGAUCCGCUUGAUGUUUGGGAUCGGUAUAUAAAGUGGACAGAGCAAACCAUCCCUCAGGGAGGAAAGGAGAGCAACCUCAACACUCUGUUGGAACGGGUCGCAACCAGAUUCACAGAGGAAAAGAAAUAUCACAACGACCCUCGCUAUGUUGACCUCUGGAUCAAAUUUGCUGAGACAUGCCCAGAGCCCUUGGACAUUUACAGGUACAUGCAAGCGCAGGGAAUAGGAGUGACACAGGCAUCCUUAUACAUUGCUUGGUCUGAGGAGUAUGAAAAUCAAGGCAACAGUCGCAAAGCAGACCUGGUCUACAAGGAGGGAUUCAAGAAGUGUGCUGAGCCACAUGAUAAGCUCCUGCAGUUUCAUAGGGCUCUGCAGGCACGUGUGGCCCGACAGGUGAUGAUGAAUGUGCAGGAGGAGGAGGAUAGUGAUGAUGAGCCCAAACAAUCUGAGAGAGUUUCUUUGGUUGACCUCAAACAUAGAGGGAAGAAAAAAGCCAUUGCUCCUGUCAACAGAACUGGGCCUGCAAUUAGAAGUAUUUCUGGAGGCCUACAGUCACGUGGUGCCCCUGUUCUCGGUAAUGCUUCCAACAGUCAGCUGGUGAUCUUUGAUGAAAGCAAGACUCAAAGUGCUGGUCCAUCAGAGCCUAAAAUGGAGCCUUGGAUGGCUCCUCCCACUUCUAGAGCAAAGGAGAAUGAGCAGAGACCAGAAAAAUGGUGUGAUGUCAAGUUACCCCAGAAGUCCAAAUUUGGGCAUACUGUUAUGGCUCCACCGCCUCCCAAACCUACCUUCCAACCAUUUGUUGAGGAGUCAGACCAGCCUCCAACAAUGACUCCAUGUAAGAUCAACCCGGCAGUGAACACGGUUUUAUCGGCGCGUAAGCCGUGCAGAGAGGAAACUCCUCUGAAGAGACUACAGGAGCAUCAUCUGCAACAGAAGGAAGCAGAGUCAGGAAGGCCACAAGAGCAGAGCAUGUACUGUAAAGAGCUUCUGCUCAGCGGCGCUGCCGAAUUCUGCUUUGAGGAACUGCGUGCUGAGCGCUACUUCAAAAAAAUGGCACAGGAAUCACAAGAGGUCAGAGGUCAAAUGGGUCAAGCUAGUGCCAGUGCUGCGAACUGAUACAUCCAACUACAGUUUGAUUGUUGUUUUUUUAUGGAUUGUCACCUUCUUUUUGACCAGAUGUUCUCUGCAAAUAUCAUGUAAUUACUGUUUUGCAUCGUGUGUCAUCCUGUUGUAAAUAUUUUUGUUUAUGCAGAUCCAGUUGCUCAGAAAGGUAAAAAGACAAAGAAGGUAAAGAUUUUUAGAAACCAUUUGAACUGAGACACUAUUUUAGUUCUGUUGGAUUGAUUGGAGGACCAAAUAAUGGGAACUUCUGUACAAUCUAAUGCAGUCCAGUACAAAACACCACAAACUACAGCAACAGAACUGACAGUAGGUUACAAUAAACAUCCACACGAUUUCAACAAACAAUACCAGCUUCACAGUAGUACUUAUAGGGCUAUUAAAAUGUAUUAUAUUAUUAUGUGUCCUCCUCUUGUACAUGCUUAAAAGAUUUGUUUCUCACUGCUCAAAUCUCUUCUGCAGAAAUACUACUCACAGUUAUUCCUAAUUUCACUUUCAGUGGAUUCAUCAGUUUUUCUCAUCUGCAUUGUUCUUACGAACAGUGCUUUUUGUAUGUGCUGCCUUUUUUAGGUUGUUUUGUAUUGAGCAGAUUUUUCUGUUCAAUUCCACCAGUCGAAAAAGGGCUUCAGUGAGGUGAUUCAACUGUACUUUAUGUCUCAGUCUGAGUAAAAUGUCCCUUCUGUCCCUGCCAUGUGUCAUUGAUGUUCAAUAAACUUGUUAAA